AUGGCCGCCGCUGAAGUACAGGCACUGUUGCGCUUCCUCACGAAAGAUGCUCGUCUUCCUCUACAGGAGGCCAUGUCAAAGAUCAGUCCUCUCCGUAAGCAAGACCUCAACACCCCGGAGCAGAUUUCCAAAGCCGAUCCUGCCUUGCUCAAGGACAUUUUUACUACGGGUGAGAAAAUUGAUUAUGUGAAACAAGUCAUCAAUGCUGCCAAACGUGUUUCCACUCCAAAGAAGCGACCCGCUGCUCAGUCAUCUUCAGUAUCCACCGCCAAACGCAUCAAGUCAGAAACCGACAAAGAUGUCGUUAAUGAAGAGGCCUUACUUGCCUUGCCGACAUCAGAGUGCACCAUUGAAGAACUGGAGAAUGUCAUCAUUGAGACAAAUCGAGCACCCCUUUUCCUCGCUUUCACAAUUGCCGUCUUGGCCUAUACACAUCCUGAACAGCCACUUUCAAGUCGAUGGAGUAUGGCUCAAGCAGUAGUUAGUGCUGGCGCACAAAGCAAAGCCAAGUACCUUGGUCUGACAUCCGGUCCCACCGCUGAAGAAGAUGGUUGGGCCAUGGGCCAGCCCAAGGUCAAAAUCAUGGGACGUGAAGUGGCCGUGAUGCGAAGACAUGUUGUCAGUUCGGACCAAGAGAUCGCCAGCCCUACUACUGCCUUCUGGGGUUUGGACCUUGAAGCUUUACGGCGAUCGAAUGGCCCGUUGAUUGGAGGUAAGAACGGAAAACAGCAAGACGGUCCUCCUAUACACAGACCCAAUGCCCCUCGAACCUACCUUUUGAAAUCCAUGAUCGAUGCACAGCUCACCGCCCAGGAUGGUGGCAUGGUUUCAGAGGCGAAAUCACAGACGAAAUCCAAGAAGCCGGCAGAGACGGCCCGCCGAAAAGAGGAAGCGGCCGCGAAGAUGCUCAAAGCCAUCGGAAUUGUGUAUCAAAGUUGGGCUGAGUUCUUGACCAAGGAAGAACUAGACUCGAAAGCCCAGUCGUGGUAUAUGCGAGUUCGACCUGAUGUGGAGCAAGGUCAAGCGGGAUGGGGUCAACGUGGUCAGGUGCCUCUACGCGACAUCUUGCAGUUGAAACGAGGUUGA